AUGUUGAUGUUCUGUCCCACCUGCGCCAACAUUCUCAUCAUCGAGGAGGGCCGCGACUGCUACCGGUUCGCCUGCGCCACCUGUCCGUACGUGCACAACGUGCGCCGUAAGCUGGGCAGCCGCACGUACCCCAAGCUGAAGGAAGUCGACGACGUGCUCGGAGGGGCCGCCGCCUGGGAGAACGUCGACUCGACCGCCGAGACCUGCCCAGAGUGCCGACACGGACGCGCCUACUUUAUGCAGAUUCAGACCCGCUCGGCCGACGAGCCUAUGACCACAUUCUACAAGUGCUGCAACCCGUCGUGCGGCCAUCGCUGGAAGGACUAG